AUGAACGGCAUUGACGGAGAUCGGACAGCGCCAUUGAUCGACAAUUAUUCUCAGACGCCCAAGCUGGGCGAGCUCACCUCUUCUGCUGCGAGUCGAUACCCCCUCGCUCCCUCCGCCGACGCCGACCCUGAGACGCAGGACGCCAUGACCACCCCCAUCUUCUGGAGGAUCGGAGCCGCCCUCGGCGCGACUGGUGUCGCCCUCGGCGCAUUCGGCGCCCACGGGCUCAAGUCGCACAUCUCUGACCCCAAGAGGCUCUCCAACUGGUCGACCGCUGCCCAGUAUCAGCUUUUGCAUUCUGGCGUCCUCCUUCUAGCGAGCGGCAACCCGGUCGCCAGCUCGCUGUUGACCGCCGGCAUCGUCAUGUUCAGCGGCAGCCUCUACGCUCUUACCCUUGACCCCGAGACCUUUAGGCCCUUGGGUCCCGUCACCCCCUCGGUGGUCUCUGCUUGA